UGUAACUCGACAGUCAAAGCCAGUGGCACCACUGAAUACUUUUCUCUAUUUGUCGUUCUUCCCCCACUCUUCCUUCAUGGCUUCCAAACUACUUUCGAAUACCCUUCAAUCCAACGUCAACUUGACCAAGCAGUUUGUGCGUCCUUUGGCAACCGCUGCUAAGCAAGCCGCUGCUACACGCACCACCGUUCUUCCCAACGGUUUGACCAUCGCCACCGAAGAAAACGCCAAUGCUGGUGCCGCCACCGUCGGUGUGUGGAUUGAUGCAGGUUCUCGUUCGGAGACUGCCAAGACGAACGGUGCUGCCAACUUCUUGGAACACCUCGCUAUCAAGAGCCAAGCUUCGUCUUUCGAAAAGGUCGGUGGUAUCCUCAAUGCUCGCACUACUCGUGAGCAGACUUUCUACGCUGCCAAGACCUUGGGUGCUAGCGCUUCCCAGUCUGUCCAGAUUCUCGCUGAUUUGAUUCAGAACCCCACCAUCGACAAUGCCGCCAUUAACAGCACUCGCAACAGUGUCUUGCGCGAACAAUCCAAGGCCGAAAACGAUGCCGUCCAGGUCGUCUUUGAUCAUUUGCACGCCACCGCUUUCCAGGGUGAUUCGAUGAGCCGUCCUGUUGCCGGUGUCAAGGAAACUGUGGAGGGUUUGACGGCUGAGGAUUUGGCUGCCUACAAGAAGGAAAACUACACCGCCAGCCGCAUGGUCCUCGUCGGUUCCGGUGAUGUGAACCACGAUGAACUUGUUCGCGCUGCUGAGAAGAGCUUUGGUCAGCUCGAGUCUGGUGCCCCCGCUCAAUUCGCCAAGCCCGUCUUCACCGGUUCGGAAAUCCGUCUCCGUGAUGACGUUCUUCCUCAAGCUCACAUUGCCAUGGCUGUCGAAGGUGCCGGCUACCUCACUCCCGACUACUUCAAGUUGGCUGUCAUGCAAGCUUUGAUCGGCUCUUGGGAUAAGAACUUGGGCGCUUCCGCCAACUUGUCUUCCCGAUUGUCCACCAUUGUCAACGGUAACCACCUUGCCAACUCGUUCGCCUCCAUCAACAUGGGAUACAAGAACACCGGUCUCUGGGGUAUCUACUUCGCCACCGAGAACAAGACCCAGAUCGAUGACUUUGUCCACUUCACUCAGAAGGAAUGGGUUCGCUUGUCUACAUCCGUCACUGCCAGCGAAGUUGAACGCGCAAAGCAGCAGCUCCAAGCCGGUUUAUUGCUCACCCGUGACUCCACCUGCGCUGUCGCACAGGAUAUUGGUAGCCAGAUCCUUGCCGCUGGCAAGCGUAUGACUGCCGAUGAAUUGAAGGCCGCCAUUAGCAAGGUCACCUUGUCCGACGUUCGUGAAGCCGCCAACAAGUAUCUGUGGGAUCAAGAAGUUGCCGUGGUUGGUUAUGGUCCUGUCGAAGGCUUGACCGACUACAACAGAGUUCGUGGCAACAUGUCUUACAACAGAUUCUAAGCACCAGUAGAUAAGGGAUAGAAAAAACCCCGCAACAAGACCUCCAAAACAUCGAUAAACAAAUUGUUCAAUUACUACUAUUUAAAAGAAAUAUCAAAACAAUGAUCAACCAAUUGGUUAGCGCAUUUCAUGUCGCUUAUAGAACACAAUUCAUGACGGACGCCUGGGAUAAACUGGCUUACUACAGUUGUUUUCGCACACAGGGUAAAAAUGUGUUGCAAGCGAUACAGGAGGGACGCCAUGUAAUCUGCAUAGUGUGGAUCCAACAGCAAGGUGGUUCCGCUUAAAAAAAUGAAUGCUUUUGGAAUGAG